GCUCUGAUUGGACAGGGCUUGCCCUUUGCAACAUUUAUAAACCAUCACAGUUCACUCUAUUGUCAGAGCAGCUGUUGAAGAUGGUGACUGUGCAGGUCUUAUUAAGGUUUUCCCUCUUUGCCUUGCUGUUUGUGGAUGUUCAUGGCUUUCCAGUGAGAGGCUCUCAAGUCCAGGGUAAACACCGUGAUCCAGAUGGACAUCAUGUUGCCUCUCGGCAGGGAUCAACCACUGGCCACUCUGAAUCUUCAUUUCACAGGGCCUCUGGAGGUGUCUCCAGGCCAGUGAAACAUCUUGGUCCACCCCAGUAUGUUCAGGCACAGCCAGUACCUAUCACACUGGGCUCAGCUAUGCCUGAUGCAAGAUAUACUUCAAGCAGUGGUUCUCCUGUCCCUCUUCAAGGAGGAUAUGUUGCUGGCUCAUAUGUACCUGUUCAGGCUGGUCCUAGUUCUCUUGUGCCACUUCCAGCAGCAUAUUCUGCCAGUUCUGAGUCUGGAACGCGAGCUACCUUGCCUGAAAUGGAGUGGUCUAUUCCUCCUAAUGCCUUUGAGGAGGCAUCAACAAACACCCAAUCUCAAGACAACAGCAUGGUUCUGCCACAACUUCCUCAAGCACCUGCCCUCCAGUCUGGAGAAACUUCAAAUGUUGUGAAGGAAGCUGAACUUGGGAACUACCAUCAGCAGACAGAGGAGUUUGGUUAUCCAGCUAUGGGGCCUGUUCAGGGUUUUCCACCUGUAGUUCUGCAAAGUCCUGGUGUGUGGGGCUACCCUUUUCCCUACCCUCUUCAUUAUCCUGAUUUUGACUACAGGCUUCUGUAUGGCCUGUACCCUCCUGGCACCUACACUACCUUCAGCAAAGAACACGAGAAUGGUAAAGACCACUACCAGACCAUCCACUACCUGAAAGAACAUGGUUUUGAUGCUCCUGACACACCCCAGAACCCUGGAUCUGAGCAACAGAAGGUCUUUCCAGGUGUCUGACAGACAUCUGCAAGCUGACUUGAUGUGAUGCUAGGUUAUCUGUAAAUGUAUAUCAUGUGCUUGUCAAUCUUUCCUCUGAGCUAGUCUUUCAAUAAAUUAUUUGAAAUUUA